AUGAGUCAAUUACUUUCUCUACCGCCAGGUGGCGCUCUGGCACACCGUGUCUCAGCCUUGGUCUCGCCACCGCAGUACCGAAGAAGAAGAAGCAGCAGCCGUAGCUGCACUGACCGUUGUUCGCAGCUAUGUAGCUUACGGGUAUCGGUGAACUCAGACAGUGGCUCCGACCGCUCCGAAUCUGACUCGGACUCCGAGGCGGACGGAGAUGUGCGCGAAGCCGAACCAAUGGAAGUGGAGGAGGGAGAGCUAGAAGCGGAGGACAUAUCCGUUAACCGUUCCCUGAAGGAGCUGCUACCGGAUACGAGUCGAAGAUAUGAGAACAAGGCUGGAGCGUUCAUCACUGGAAUCGAUGUCAACUCGAAGGAGGCAAUUGAGAGAAAAGAGAAGCGAGCAAGACGCUUCCAUUUCUGUGUCGAGGAGAGUGUCGGGCAGAGGAACUUUUUCCUGGAUAAAGACACCAUGAAGAAAGCCAUCCCUAGACUGCGCCUGGAGGCGAUCCACGUGACGGGCGUGGACGACAUGAGCACACAGGACAUCUUUGGAUAUUUUAAGGAAUAUCCUCCAGCGCACAUCGAGUGGAUCGACGACACAUCUUGUAAUGUAGUCUGGCUGGAUCACGAUACAUGCAUCCGAGCCCUCAUCAACACGAGCCAGAUGCCUGACCUGGAGGCUGUUACCACAGAGACACAGAGCAGCAAAGAGAGCAAAGGACGUCGGCAUCAGGGGUCUGAUGAUGAGGAGGAGGAGGAUGAUGAAGAAGAGGGUGAGGUAGACGAGGAUGACGAGGAAACAGCAAAGAAGAGCAGCGAGGGGAAAGACAGUGACAGAGAGGUGGAGCAGAAGACGAAGGUCGAGGGCAGUCAGAUGGACGACCUGUCGCGAGCGGAGAGAGAGUCUUUGCUGAGGAACGACCUGCGGCCGGCUGUCAAACCCUUCAAGGGAAACAAACUCUUCCUGCGCUUCGCAACACAAGAUGACAGAAAGGAGCCAGGUGCCGCUCGUCGCAGCAGAUACUACAUGAAGUACGGUAACCCAAACUACGGAGGCAUGAAGGGAAUCCUCAGCAACUCCUGGAAGAGGAGGUACCACAACCGGAGGAUCCAGCGAGAUGUCAUCAAGAGCAAGAAGCCUCUGAUUGGAGACAGCAUGGGCCACACACCACCAUACACACACCGACACUCAGCUGACCUGGUCAACCUGCCAGAGGAGCCCAUCAAGGAGGAGGAAGAGGAGGAGGAAGAGGACUGGGAUGAGGACAUGGACUCAGAUGACAGGGUGGUGGAGUACAAAGAGAGGGGCGACAGGGAGCGAGGUGAAAGGGGUGGUGGCUCCCGUUCACUGGGGGCGGGGCUUCAUAGCCGUGUGGAGCGCCCGCCAUCUCCCUGGUCGGAGUCGGACGAGAUGGACUACGACCUGGAGCUGAAGAUGAUCUCCACACCGUCACCAAAGAAGAGCAAGAAGAUGACGAUGUAUGCUGAUGAGGUGGAAGCUCACCUGAAGAGCAUCCGGAACCGGAUGGGGGCGUCGGGCUCACAGAACAGGACCAAAUCCUCGUCACCCACCAAGGUGACUGACGUCCGGCAGCUGCUGGAGGAGAAAAGACAAGGACUCUCUCAGCACAGGCAGCCCCCCCCAGUGGCCAGCAGUGGGAAAACAGAUGUGCGGCAGCGGCUGGGGAAAAGACGCUACUCUCCUGACAAACGGCGCUCACCCUCCCCUGACUCCCCCAGAGACACACCCCCAGCCAGAGAGCCAAUCAGAGACGUGCAUCGCAGACUGGGUGUGGCCAGCCAAGACGGCAGAGGGAUAUACUCCAAGAAGACAAGCAGCCUGUGGAGCAGGCUUGGCCCAAGCGAUGACAAUGCCAGUGGUGGAUGUCACAAUCGCAAGUCGAGCACCCGUUCAUCGGUCGUGUUCUCCUCAUCACCCAGGCAGAACGACAGCAGCAGUAGCAGCAGGAAGAGACGAGAUGAUGGAGAGGAGCAGGAGGAGGAGGAAGAUGACACAACGCUGCAGAAGAUGUGGGGCGCCAUGAUCAAACAGAAGCAGGAGCAUGUUUCCCACAAGAUGAAGAAGAGCCGGCUGGACAACCUGCCGUCACUGCAGAUCGAGAUCAGCCGUGACAGCAGUGAUGACUCUGAUGCCUGAAACUGAACCAGUGAGGAGGAGGAGGAGGAGGGAAACCUGCCAGUCGUUUUUUUUCUCUUCUGAAUGUCCCUCUUCUCUCUUAUUGCUGUCACCUGCAGAGCAGACUGCAGAUCUGAGGGCAGCGUGCUGGGCCGUCUUUUCAUUUUGGAUUACUGCACAGGUAGACUGGGAAGGGACCAGGAGCCGACAGAGUCAGGGGUCACUGUUUGAAGUGAAGCUUCCAAAUCCAAUCCAGGAUGGUUUUGUAACACUUCCUUGUACAGGGCCAUUAUUUCCACAUAGAUCCAUUAUAAUUUCCCAGCUAGAGCUAUGUAGUUCAGACUGACUGUAGGAAUCAGACCCAGUGCUCAGGGUGUGUGUUUCUAGUUAAUUCAUAUUUAGCUUUGAGACUGAGUUCUGUCUGACAAAACGCGUGGAUUCAUGAAACUUGGGAAGUGAUGGAUGUUUGACAUCUCCCAGUGUCUGUCUGCUCACAUCAGCUGUCACUAAUGUUCAUCCUGUCAGGAACUCAAUGACAGAACAGGCGUGUCUCUUGUCAGUUUGUGUAUCUGUACUCAGCCAGAGAUUCUCUGUUAAGGAAGAUCCUCUGCACCACCGCUGUCGUCUGUGCUUCUAUAGUUCCAACAGACAAAGACUUGUUCUCCUAAGAACAUAUGAAACAACAGUUGUCAGAUUUCUUCAAGUUUCAUCAACAUUUAGCUCAAUAGAACUAUCCAUAUGGGCUCGGUAUCAGCAUAUAGUCAAUAUUAAAAGAGACUUCACUGGAACAGGCCUGGCAUUAAAAUGCCUACAUGUGAUAUAGAAGCAUUCCAUGGCUGUGUCCAGGGCCCUGACGUCUUCUACUCCACCCAUGCUCUUGUCAAUAGAUUAAAUGCCGGUGCUGAUGUUUAACAGCCAAAAAUGCUGUCAAAUGUACAUCAUUUCUCAGUUGUAUUAUUACCAGGAUAGAGCAAAGAGCAUCAUGGGUAAUGCACCACUGAAACCUGGUCAGAUCCUUUCCUUGCCUGGUCGGGUUUUAAAGAAGCUGCUCUGUGCAUCAUCAGUAAAUUGUUCCUCUUCCACUGUAGAGAUGCUGGAAUGUGUCGGCCUCUUCUCGAGACUACACAUCAUGGGCCGCCAGAUUUAGUGUUGUCAAGCUGUUUUUGUCUCCAGACUGUGACGUCCUGAGGCCUUUGCCCUUGUGGUCAUAUCGAUGUCCCCCUCAGGACCACCACUCCUCAGCGCUUUGAGCUUUUUCUUAUUUGGCUGCAGCUCAGCAAAGCCAGAGCAAAACUUCAUUUAUAAAAGGGGUGUUUUUACACUUCACUGACCUCCACCAGUCUGAGCAGAGCUGGGCUGUCUUCCUGUGGACAGAAGCAACAAGAGGAUCAAUAAAGGAUGAACAGGAAGUGUUGAGCAUGAAAUGACCAAACUGACUCGCUGUGUGGCUUUGUGCUGUUCCAGAAAGCUGAAACCGACUGAGAAAGAGAUGAGAUGAAACAAGGCAAACACUCUGUGUCUGACGCUCACUCUCCUAAAUGUGUAACGUUUUUGAUAACCCGUUGUGUGUUACUGAGCAACAUCUGACUCGUCCUGCGCUGAGUGGCUGCUGGCUGUGUGUGGACACGGUAUCAUACAUCCUGCAGGAGUCUGCUUAAAAUUUUUUUUUUUUUUUAAAUGAAUUGACACACAGACUUCAGUUCAUUCAGUGAUAUUAAAAAGCUGGUUAUGAAUUUAGAUCAUUAUUAAAAUGUUGGAUAAAGCUUUAUUCUACAGGUCUGAAUAUUCUGAAUUAUUUCCUGUGAGUUGUACUAGAAAAAAAGGUGAUUUGGUGUUAAUAAUAUGGAGAAUAAUCACCUCAGUUAAUCAGUUCUAAUUAAUGGCCAAGCUGUUUCAAUACAGAACAGAUUAACUGAACAUGUGUAGAAGUGAAUUUGUCCAUGGGUGAAUAAACUUUCCAGAAGGUUUUAAAUUAAGGCUGCGACUAACAGAUUCAUCACAGACUCGUAUACAGAUUAUUUUCUCUGUAGUUUAGCAGAUAAAACCAUCAAACCUUUAGUAACUUCAGCUUCUGAGAUGUGAGGAGUUGGUAUUUGUUCAGUGCAUAUUCUACAGACUAGUUUGAACACUUGGUCAAAAGUAAAUUCUAAGAUAAAAAAAAAUCUGGGAUCUGAACGCAAGUCAAAGCACAGCCCCUGCUCACAUGUGACAGGAUAAGAAACUGCAGUCACACCCAAAUCGGUAAACAGCAUUUACUCUGUCAGUUACAUUAUCUUUCUGUAUACAAAUGGUCAGCAAAGACGAGAGAAAGAACAAGAAGCUUCUCUAGUCCUUUCAGUUUCAGGGGACAUUACUUUAAAUAUCUGUACAUUGGAAUAUUUAAGAGGAAUAAAUAAAUUUUUACUUCUUCAAAUGUCACAAAAACUUACCACUGAUACAGUAUGUCUUUGUCAGGGUGUAUAUCAGACUAUCAGUAACAGUUUGUUUAUUGGAGAUGAGUUUUACACUGACAGAUGCCACAAAUCUGGGUCACAAGCCUUUAAUAAACACAUUAACAGGAUUAUUAUCAAAAAUGUUUGUUAAAAAUAAGGUUCAGUUGAUAUGUUGCUGUUAAACUAUCAAUAUUGCUAUCAACCUCACCAGCCCAGUAUCAGUCUGGCUCUACAGUGUUAAAAGUGGAGUGAACCAUUGGCUUGUGACCACACUAACAGGGUUUCUAGUGGAUCUCUCAUCAGUCUGGUUUUCUGUUAUUCCACAUCUUAUAUCCUGGUGUCACUUAUCAAACAUAAGCAGUUUGAAUUAGAUUGUCACUUCCCUUCUCCAGCAUUUGUCCUAACUUGACUGAGUCAUCAACCACAAAUAAAGGCUUUUGUCAAAA